AUGUCGACCGACAUGAUCCUCAAGCGAAAGCUUGUGGCCUUGGGUUAUCCCAUUGCCAACGAGUUUUCAAGUAACUCAGUGACCAAUUUUAGAAAUGUGUUGGUCUGGUUGGAGGAUCGCGUCAUACGAGCGUUGCCUAUUUCCGAUCGUUUUCGGGAUACUGAUUCAGACGAAUGGGCCAAGUUCGAGGCUUCGUACCUCUCCAAGUUAGGUUGUCCUUUUAUUAGUGAUAAUGCCCCAUGCGCUCUGGAUUGGGUAAUGAAUCGUGGCCUUGAACUGCAAUCGACCGAAGAAGUCCGUUAUGAUCUAGCUCUCACAAUGGAAGCCGAGAGUGAGGUUUUUAAGACGGGAGUUCAAAAGCUUGCAAAACUGCUUCGCAUACCAUCAUAUGCUGAUCCAAAGCAGACCUUCAAGGCCAUAUGUCUCCUCAUAGAACAGAAGUUGUCUGAAGAGGCCAUCCAGCAGGCGAAUGAUGAACAAGGAGAAAAGAUCGACAUGUUAACGGAGAAGGAGGUCUGUCUGGGUUUCGACGUCACCGACCCACAAGUACACGCAGCUGCUGUGGCACUUAGACUGAUGCACUGCUCAGAGCUUCGUCAACUUCAGAACCAAAUCAACUCUGCGAUUGUACAAGUCCAAAGGCUCACUGCCGAUCCGAAAACAGACGAAAAACUCGGAAAAGUCGGCUUUUAG